AUGCCUGUAGGCGUAUCACUAUUGGGUGUGUGUGGGAAACUGCUCCUUGCUCAGUUUCAAGAAGUUGUGAACGUAAAACUAAACUUUGGACUACCUCCGAAUCUCAGCGAAUGUGAUAUAAAUCUCGACUUUGGAUUCAAAGGCUGCGAUACAGCGAUGGCUUCGUACAUGUCGGAGCUUGACCACUUUGUGAACCCCAUGACCAACCACGUGGUAAGCGCUGAGACACACAACCAGUCCGUUAAUUCGAUGGCACUGGUAAACGCGCGGCUGACAGCGGAGGCGAUUGAGAUCGUACAGAUGAUGGUAACUAACCUGUUGUGUCUAACCACCCAGGCCGUGGACUUCCGACUCCUACGGAAUUUCGCCAUUGAGGAGGCCGAUUAG